CUCGCUGAGAGACUGGUAGAGAGAGAGAGAGAGAGAGAGGGACGGUGAAUGUUCCAGUGAGCGAGGCAGAAAGAAGAGGCAGAGGGAGAGGACCAUUCUAACGGGCUUUGUGCAACUGAAACGGCGUGUUUUCAACACAACUCAACUGAAGACCUGUACUCACAACGUUGCAGGAAAAAAAAUCCGCGCGCGAAGCGAAAGCAGCCAAGUUAGAAGAACUAUGGACGGGACGACUAUGUCGGGACGCACUCCGCUUCUCUGCACCUUGCUGCUCUUGGGACUGCAAGUGAGCUGGUCCGCGGUGACGGUGAAGGUGGUGACCACCCCCAAGGUGGAGGUGAUGCAGGGCCAGCCCAUCAAGCUGCCCUGCUCCUACGAGGCCCCCGGUGCCAGCAUGGUGCUCGUCGAGUGGCACAUUGAGAACCAGGGUGUGAGGACUCGCAUCUCGUUCCGCUCGGACGGCGAGAAGAAGGUGGACGAGGGCACGCCGUACAGCAGUCGCGUCACCAUGGAGGACGACAACUCCCUCAACAUCGCCGCCGCCGCCGUGGGAGACGAGCGCACCUUCAUCUGCCUGGUCAACAGCGGAGCGCAGGGGGUGUCCGAGGCCAACACCAUGCUCAAAGUCUUCUCUGAACCGGAGGAACCUGCUGCUGAAGGAACCACCCAGCUGCUCUCAGUGACCAGCGAGAAACCAGAAGAGGUGGGUACCUGCAAGGCUAAGAACGGCCACCCAGAGCCUCGUCUCAUCUGGUACAAGGACGCCAGCCCACUGCCAGAGGUCAAGGACAUCCAUGAGAACAUGUACAUGGCUCCGUCUGUGGUGAAGGAGUCGUCCGGCCUCUACACCAUCAACAGCAAGCUCUACAUGAAGGUGACCAAGGCCGACAAGGACUCCAAGUUCCACUGCGUGGUGGAGUACAUGAUGCCCAACAGCGCCCCUCAGCAGAAGAGCUCCGCCCCUUUCUCCCUCAACCUACACUACGCCAUGGAGGUCAUGACCUUCAGCGUGGCCAGCACAGACCCAGUCAAGGAAGGAGACGACGUCACCAUGAAGUGUGAGACUGACGGAAACCCCCAGCCUGGCUUUGACUUCAAGAAAGGCGGAGAGGACAUCAACGGUGCCGUCAUCGAGGAUGGUCUUUUGACCGUGCCCAAGGUUACCCGUGACAGUGCUGGCGAAUACACCUGCUCCUUCUUGGACUGUGACUUCAGCGACUGUGAAGAAAUCGCCAGGACCCUGACAUUGGCAGUGAACUUCCUGGACCCAGUGCAGAUUGAGCCAGCCGCAACUCAGGAGGUCCAGGUUGGAGAUACCGUUGAGCUGCAGUGCAGGACCAAAGCUUCCACCGACUACACCCUGGAAUGGAAGAAGGACUCCACCGUGCUGUUCAGAGAUGGAGCUCUGUCUCUGAAGGCAGUGACUCUGGCUGAUUCCGGCACGUACACCUGCGAGGCAGCCGUGCCCUCUGUGCCUGGACUCACCCACAAGGCCUCUGUGGAGCUGGUCGUUGCAGGAAAACCUGAGAUUGACGCCCCUGUUAAUGGACAAGUUGAGAAGGAGGGAGACUCAGUCACUCUCAAGUGCUCUGCCCAGGGACACCCCACUCCACAGUUCACCUGGAAACCAUCUGGCAAAGAGUCUGUCGACAUGGUGGGCAAUAAGAUGGUGAGCACCCUGACUCUGGACGCCUCUGCCGCUGUUAUGAAAGAUGGCGUCGUCUGCACAGCAAACAACAAGUUCGGAGAGGACUCUAAGACCUUCCAAGUUGAACUCAAACAAGCUGCAUCCACUGCCAAUGAGGCUGACAAUGAGGCCGACAGAGCCGACAAGCAGCAGGGUGGCUCCAGCGGAGUGGUGAUCGCCGUGGUGAUUUGCGUGCUGCUGCUGCUCAUCAUCGUGGCACUGCUGUACUUCCUGCAGAAGAAGGGCAAGCUGCCCUGCGGCAAGAAGGACAAGAAAGAAGUUGCGGGCGGAGAGGUGAAUAACGACAUUGUGGUGGAGAUGAAGUCUGGAGAGAAGGGCAAUGAGGAGUCAGAGCUACUCAACAAGUCGGCACAGUGAUAAAGGUGGCGAAGCCAAGGGGAACAUCAACAGAGGAGCGGUGGACAGCGGAGGAGGAAAAGGAGGAGGAGGAAGAGGAGGACGAGGAGGACGAGGAAAACGGCGACGAAGAGAAAGGACGAUGGAGAGCUGUGCUGAUUCGACUUUUAUUUCUAAAAGAGGGAACCUUGGAA